AUGACCAGUGCCUCGCCAGCAGCCGCAGAUGCUUCUUCUUCUUGUAACCCCCCCAGCUCAUCCCCUUCCCCCAACCAACUACCCAAUUACCUCGAUCGGAACACCAUUGCCACCCUGCUCCAGCCCCAUCUUAUCCUGCUCAGCCUCCAGGACUCAAGAUUGAGUCUCACCCAGCCUAUCAUCCUGAGCACCAGCUGCUACCAUUCCAUCAACCAGAUCAUCGACCAGCUCAUCUACUCCAUCCUCAGCUCCAUCUCCGCCAACCAACAGUCAUCGCCAUCCUCAGAAAGUAGGAGCCAUCUCCACCAGACGACGGAUGACGAGCCAGACAGCAACCCGCUUAUCUCGCUGCCCAUCGAGCCCGGCUAUCUCAAGACGCAUGGGAUCCUCAAGGUGCUCAACCGGCCGCUCGCCCAGCGGUCCAUCCAGGCAGCCGAAGUGGGUUGGAUGGUCUACCAGAACAAGCUCAACUCACGCCAGCAGACCCAGCCCUUCCCCUCCGAUUACUCUCCAGCCCAAGCACCGCUCCAACCAUCCAGCCACCCACCGCCGAUCGAGCUCAUGACCCAGUCCAUCUCACUCUCCGAUCUGUUCCUCCAGCUGCAGAUAGACUGCCAGAUCCUAUCCCCCUAUACCAGCCAUCAGCCCUGGCUCAGAGCUAAUAACGGUCGCACUGCUCAAGCUGAGCCCAGCGAGACGAGCGAUGACCAUAUCAAUCCCCAUCUUAACCAACCAUCUGCCCAUCUCUUCAACCAGUCCUUGGAUCUCCUGCUCGAUCCCUACUACUACGACAGCUUACUCGAACGCUACGACAGUCUGUACCACACCGUCAACCUCCCUCUCCCUAAGAAGGCUCAGACUACGAUACUCGAGGAUCGUCUGGUAAUCUACUUCCUCGGUGUCAUCCAAGCUUUCACCAACUAUCUUCUCGAAGUCAUCAUUGCUAUCGUCCAGACCCGUCUACCCUACCCAUCAGCCAUCCAAGCCCACCAUCUCGUUGGGUUUAUGGCCCAGGAUGAUCAGAUCAUCAACUUCCUCUCCAUCCUCGAGACCAUCCAAGCCAAAUCGUCCCUGUUUCCCCACUCCCCGCUAUCACCCUUCUGCUUGGUCGAACCGGGCAGCCAUCACCAGAAGUCUUCUUCCCUCAAACCGCUCAUGUUGACCCCGACGAUGAUCAACAAGCUCGGGCCUGCCUCCCACUUCCUCAACCAGAUCCCCCAGCCCGCCAGUUCAUCCUCGGCAAGCCUCACCCCGCUCCACAGCCCCUUCUUGCCCGUCUCCCCUCGCUCCCGUCUGCAGACUUCCUCGUUAGGUAACCGAGGCACUGUCAGUGGGGCUCGUCUCGAGCAAAUCACCUCAGACUCUAAUAUCCCCUUUCAAUCCUUUCAUUCAUUCUCCCCACCACCGGCCUCUGCCCGAAGGGUGGUCUCUCAUCGCUCCUUGAACUCUAUUCCAACUCGGUCAUCAGUCCCCAAUACCCCCCAUAUCGACUACCCCUCUCCCGACCUGUCCCUCCACCCUCUUCCGUCCACCAGAACUUUCCCCAGCAGUAGUACCCACUCGGUUAUCAACACUGCCACCAGUGAGUGUGAUCCUGAACAUCCCUCUCUAAACCCUCACCAGUCUUCGCUCUCCCAUCCUACUCAGUCCCCACUGGAAUCCAGUCCUGCUGGAUCCGCCCAUCCCAGUGAGAAUCAAGCCACAUAUCGUUCAGUCACCAUUAAGCGGGCACCGCCUAGAUCGAAGACUAGAAAGCCCGUGCCAGGAGGCAAAACUCUAACGCCCACGCCGCCCAUCGCCUUUCCAGACGGAUCACACGAUCCAGUGUGGCGGCCGCCACGUGGCGGUAACACUAUGGAUAUCGUGGAAGAUCACCAUGGUGAUGAUAGUCAGAAGGGAUACGAGAUCGGUUUACCCAAUUCUACAUCAGAUUCCGGCCGCCUCGCCUCACUGCCUUACCGUUCUCCCUUAUCAACCUCGUCAUCCUCGAUCACUUCCCCCCGCUCGACUCGCCACACCCCUCUCAAUCCAGCUGGUCAUCACCGCCAUCAUCAACGUCUUGAGUCCCAAAUAGUAGCGAACUCAACAACAAUGAGACAUCCGGCGGAGCUUGCUUUGCCUCAUUAUCGCUCCAAGAGCUUGACGGUUGCUACUAGCCCAGUGCUAGGACAAGCCGCUGAAAACUCCUCUCAUGCUCUUACUGAGCAGGUCAAUCAGCGUCCCAAGUCGGUCAAAUCUCACAAGAAGGGUCACUCUGUGGCUCAACCUGCAGGCUUGAGCACACGCAUGUCUUUUGAACAGCUGAUGCGAUCAAAUGAAACCGUUAAAUUCUCUCUGACGCCUGGUCCAUGUCUGGAGUCCUCGGACUCCCCAACGAGUCGCCACUCGAGUGACUCCUUGUGUAGUCCGGACAAGUCUGAACGUAUUCUGUCAGAUCCGAUCGAAAUGGUAUCUCCGAAGAGUCAGGCGUCUAGCAAGCUUUUUCCGCGCUCUGAAAACCUGCCGCGUUACCGGUACCAAAGCCAAUCGGCCGAUACCCCACCUCAGCUGCCGGACUUCCGCAAAUUUGAAGAUCAACUGAUUUCCAGCCCCUCUUCAAAUAUCAGCUCAUCCCAGUCGAUCUACUCUCAAAACAAUGCUAGUCCUCCUGGUUCGUUGUCUUCGAAGACAAAGCUAUCUAGCCACCUGUCAUCCAUGAGCCAGCGAAUCGCUGCCUCUCGUACACCGGAUCUCAACAUACCCGGUGAUGUAGUUAGGAAACAACCCCAACUGCAAUCUUUGGCAGAAAUUCUGAAUUCUGACCCCCCUUGGCUAGCGGGCCCUAAGAGCAAAAAGAGUAUCACUAAAGAUCCUCAGACGGCUGAACUGGCACACAUGGUUGGUGCUCUAGGUUUAUCAACCCCCAAGCUGGUUCGCUCAGAAACCUUAGACGCGAAACAAUUUCACCCGAAGGCAUCAACCACAAGUACUGGAUCGGAUUCUAUGAAAUCGCAGCGGGCUACUCAACCGACGAAGUCAUUUGACGGUAGCAACUCUCACCAGUCCCCAGUCCGACCACAACCUUCUGAGCAGACCCCAGUCCCGUCCGGGCUCCAGAAGAAGUUGAGGGGCUUCAAAUCGUUGAUUUCCCGUCGAACUAGGGUCAAAGAGGAGCCUAUGCCCAUGCCCAGUCUCCCCGCACUCGUAUACAGCCAAUCAAAGGCAGUCGAAACGGACUCAUCUACCGGCUCAUUCAGUGAAUCUGGUGAUUUAUCUGUUCCAACCAACCACCCAAAUCCGACGCGCGACUUAAAUCGGGAUGAAUCUGCUUUGGAUCAGCCAAACGAAUCCAGCGGUUUGGAUCAGCCAAACAAAUCCAGCGGUAGGCUUGAUGAGCUAGGUGCCCAUGGCUUGUCUCGGAUUAGUCAUUCCGAAGGUAUAGCACCUAGGAGAAAACCUUACCCGAAAUUUGAUGUCCCGUCGAACGGUUCACCAGUUCGCCCGACUGCCCAACCUGGUUUCACUGAAGACAUCACCAUUGCGGGAUCUGCGCAGAAAAAUCGAUCGAAACUUCGCAGGAGUAUCAGUCUGUCGUCGCUUGUCCGUCGACCGCCCGCUCGCGAUCUGGAGGGCCCGGGACACUCUCAGACUUUGAAUCGCGCUCGGUCCAAGAAAUCCAAGUCAAGAACUUUGACCGAAAACUCGAAUUCUUCUGGAACCAGUCGAGGGACAAUAACCGAUGAGCGAGGGGUGCAGAAGAUUGUACCUGAAGAUCAGGAGAAUCGGAGUGACCUGGACGAAAUCAUGGCUUUGGCUAGUCGUCUGAAUCGCCGAUUCAGAGGCUCGUUUGAUCAAAGAAGAGCAGGAUCGUUCGACUCACUUCCCGAGGGGAAACCCAGAUUUGCUUCUAAACAGCGUGAGAGACAGGAAACUGGGUCGAGUGUGGAGGAUAACUUCGAGAUCUCGUUUGCUCAGGAACUCAAACCGACGAUGGUCAAUCGGAUCAUCUUCACCAGUCCUACGAAGAAAAACCCAACAUACAGAAGCGAUGAUAAUCUGUUACAGUCAUACUACGAUUCAUCGAGUCAAUCGACGGCUAUUGAUGAAGAAGGUAUGGGCAUGAAUUUCAAAGAAUUCCUACUCGAGAAAAGCGACCGAAGUCAGAAAAGCUCUCGAGGACCGGAAGACGAAGCAGAUGAUCGAGGGACUCGAGAGAAGACAGAUGAACCGGAGAAAGGAGAAGAUGAGAACCGGGACGAAUACAUCAGCUUGGAAGGACUCCAUCAUAUGAUCUCGAAGCUGAACGCCAUUGUUGAUCAGCUCUCCAAACCCACACCUGUAGGUCAGCAGCAAGAUAGCCGGACAACCAAUAAUCCGAUCACUGGUUUGGGUAUCAAGCGCGUCGAUCUGCUCAAGAUGAUGAUUGAUCAAGUAUGA